UGGUGAGACGUGUGAUGUAUGGUUUAGAGACAGUGGCAUUGAGUAAAAGACAGGAGGUGGAGCUGGAGGUAGCAGAGCUGAAGAUGUUAUGGUUUACAUUAGGAGUGGACAUGGGGUCUCACACAGAAGCGGCAACAGGACAUAUCUGCUACCAGAUCUGAUUUCAACGGUUUAAAUGCUGGUUUUCCGACUGGCAAAAAAAAAAAAAAAAAAAGAACCUUUGUACAAUCCAGUUGUGCAAUUAGAAAAAUGUUAUAUAUUUUUGAUGCAAAUAGCGGAGAAUAAUCGUGUGCAUGAAAAAUGCUGCCAUUGAUAUGCAAUUGGGAUCAAAAGUAUACGGACACCCCAACAUCACACACUUUGGAGUUGCCACAAAGUUAGAAACACGAUUGCAUCUUUGUAUUGCUGUAGCCAUUCAGUUUCUUUCUUGAGGCUCAAUCUCGAAUACAUGGUUUGCCACGGUUGCAGUCGAAGGGAUGAAACCGGAACACUGACUCAACCCCAGAGAUCCUCAUCUUCAUGUUCUUGUGGAUGAAUGAGUACAAAACCACACAGUCCAGCUUUAAAAUGAGAAAGAUCUUCAGAGAAAAACAAUUGGAAACUAUUAAGACUGCAAAAAAAAUAAAAAAUCUUAAAGUUUGUCUGUAUAGCGUAGCUGUGUGUGUACUUUGUGAUGGCUUCAAACUAUACAUACAGUAGUUGCUUUGUGAAAUGGUUUCUUAAUACUGAAGACAUGGAUCGUUUGCAGAGGAAGUUACGAUCAAGGAAAGCGACGAGCGAGGAGCGGCCUGAGAAUAAAGACGAUAAUGGUCAAAAUAAAGGAACUCCGAGUCCAAGUGAACGCACUCACACUGUAGUCUCUAAAGAGGAGAAUAACGGGCGUGCGUGUCGUGAGUGCGAUUUUGUGGCUAAAACUCCUACUGCUCUGAAAAUCCACUGCAGGAGGAAACACAAUAGCUCUAAAUCUGAGGGUGCGACAGGUGCAGCUGAAAAGGUUGCGGAGGAGAAAUCAUCUACAGACGAACCAAAAUCAUCAACGCCCCCUACUGACUCGCCCCAUAUAGACCAGCUCAGCUCUGGUGUAACCACUAUAAAUUCACCCAGCUCUGCAGCACCCCCUAUAGACCACCGCAGUUCUGAUGUAGCCUCUAUAGAUCCAAUCAGCUCUGCAGUACCUCCUAUAGACCACAUCAGCUCUGGUGUAGCCCCUUCAGAUACACUCAGCUCUGCAGCACCCCCUAUAGAUUACCACAGCUUUGGUGUAGCCUCUAUAGAUCUAAUCAGCUCUGCAGCAGCCCCAAUAGACCACCACAGCUCUAGUGUAACCCCUAUAGAUCCACUCAGCUCUGUAACAGCCCCUAACGAGCAGCUCAGUACAGAGACACCCCCUGUAGAGCAGCUCAGCUCUGGUAUACUUGGUAUACCUGCAAUAGACCAGCUCGACAGUGGAACACAGCGUUUUGAGCGUCUGUACUGCAGGUGCUGCAGUUUUUACACUUGCACGGUCGAGGAGAUGAACGCUCACCUGAGCGACGAGUCACACCUCAACUUGACGGCAGAGAAAAAAAUCGGCCCGCUGUUCGAGCAGUGCGUUGAAAAAGUGCUUGUUAUUUUAUCGGACGAACCAAAAAGCGCAGACGUGCAGCGCGAACACGAUGAAGGCGUCAGCGAAUGUGCCACCGAGGACGCUGAAGGGAUGGAACCCGCCGAACGCGCUUCAUCAGAGGUAGCGGACGCUAGUGAUUCGCACAAACGGAAACGCGGAAGGCCCAAGUCAUCUCAGGUAAUAAGCUGCAGUCACUGCGGCCUCGUGGCAUCCAAUCCCACAAACCUGAGCGUGCACAUCCGGCGCAAACACAGCCGCCUAUAUGGCUUCCACUGCAAACUGUGUGACUACUCGUGCGUGACCAAAGGAGACAUGGACCGGCACUGUGAAACCAAAAAGCAUAUUAAACGUGUGCAGAGCGACGGCGACGGACAGGAGGCAGUCAUCACACUAAAUCCAGAGCAGACUGCUCAGAGUGGCGAAAAAACGCCCAAUGCACCGGACACUGAAACGCAGGAAACAGCAAAUGUAGAACAAAAAGGCGAGGCAGAGGAAACCGGAAGUGACCCUCCCUGCAAAAAACCCAAGUACGACUCGGUGUACUCGUGCAUUCACUGUUACUUCGUCGCUCAUUCUGCGCUGUCGCUAGCCCUACACGUGCGCCGCAAGCACACCCGGGAUUUCGAGUUCGUGUGCUUGGCGUGCAGUUAUUACGCAGUGACCCGCAGAGAGAUGUCCCGCCACACUGCAACCGAGAAACACAAAUUCAAACGGCAGCGAUACCUCAACAAAACGCACCAACCCGAUGCGGAGAAACUCGAUGAGAACGCAAGCCGACAAGCUGAAUCCGGGAACCUAUCGGAUGGCGCCAACAAAGAAAACGCUCAGCAAAAUCCUGACAACGCUCACCAACACAACAAGCAUUCGAAUACAGAUACAGAACGAGCCUCCGGUGUUAAUGAUGCAAAAAAUGACGAAGGAAAAGGAAGUGGUGGUGAGGAAGAGCUGAAUAGGACCCCACAGCUGAAGUCCGGUGAAGACACAAAUAGCUCAAAGGACUCAGAGUUUGCUGAUCCAUCAAACGCAGAGGAAGGUGACGAGGAAUACAAUAACGAUGACGAAGAAGAUGAGGAACAGGAGGAUGAGGACGUGUGCGAUACAGAUGGUGAAAGUCCCUCCAGUGAGGGCCGCGUGUGCAGAUCGACGGCGUUUGACGAGUGCGUCUUUUCCUUAAAACGGCCAGCAGAUGGACCGCACGACAAAGACGACGGAGAGGCGUACAUAUCCCUCCAGCAGGCUGCGAAGAUGCUGAAAAUGUUGGAGGGACAAGAAGUGAGCACGCGGGUCCGUUGUGGCGAUUGCGGCUUCUUGGCGGAGGGGCUCAGCGGCUUGAACGUCCACAUCAUGAUGAAACACUCAUCAAAGGAGAAACCCUUUCACUGCCUGCUCUGUGGGAAGUCGUUUCACUCGGACAGCAGCCUGCAGCAGCACCUGAGUAGCUCGGCGCACGUGCGGACGGAGCGCGGAAGCGUGGACGAGCGGCCCGAUGGAGGCACCAUCUUUCGCUGUGUGCGCUGCAAUGAGCACUGCAGCUCGGAGCAAGAGCUGUUUCACAUUAAAGAGAAACAUGAGGAGCUGCUGCGCGAGGUCAACAAGUACGUGAUGGAGGACACGGAGCAGAUCAACCGUGAACGUGAGGAGAACCCUGGGAACGUGUGCAAAUACUGUGGCAAGGUGUGCAAGAGCAGCAACUCCAUGGCCUUCCUCGCUCACGUCCGCACACACACAGGUUCAAAGCCAUUCAUGUGUAAGAUCUGUAAUUUUGCAACGGCCCAACUCGGAGAUGCCAGGAAUCACGUGAAGAGACAUCUCGGCAUGAGAGAGUACAAGUGUCACCUCUGUGGGUGGGCUUUCGUGAUGAAGAAACACCUGAACACUCAUUUGCUGGGAAAACAUGGACUAGGCCAGCCAAAAGAGAGGAAGUACGAUUGUGAACUGUGCGAGCGGAGUUUUAGCGAGAAAUGGGCCCUUAAUAACCACAUGAAGCUUCACACUGGAGACAAACCCUUUAAAUGCCCUUGGUCAUCUUGUCACUAUGCCUUUCUCACACACUCGGCCAUGAAGGACCAUUACAGGACGCAUACGGGUGAAAAGUCAUUUCUGUGUGAUCUCUGCGGUUUCGCUGGUGGAACUCGUCACGCUCUCACUAAACACCGGCGCCAACACACAGGUGAGCGUCCGUUCCGUUGUGACCUCUGCAGCUUUGCCUCGACCACUCAGUCGCAUUUGACCCGACACAAACGCGUUCACACGGGGGAGAAACCGUAUCGCUGCCCCUGGUGUGACUACAGGUCAAACUGUGCCGAGAACAUCCGUAAGCACAUCCUUCAUACGGGGAAACACGAGGGUGUGAUGAUGUACAACUGCCCUCGCUGCGACUUCUGCACCAAUUCGCCAUCCGAGUUCCGUAACCACCUUAAGGACAAACACAUCGAUAUCGAGAACCCUGACCUCGCUUACCUUCAUGCAGGAAUCGUUUCGAAGUCAUUUGAGUGCCGGCUCAAAGGGCAGGGGUCAACAUAUGUGGAGGCCGACGCCCCUUUCAUGCCAGACGAAGGGCGUUUAGGAGCCGAAACCUUGCAGCAAGUCAUUAUCAUCCAGGGAUAUGGUGAGGAGGCGGAGUUGCAGGGCACCGAGAUGGAGGAGGCGGAGCUGGAGGAGUCGGCGGCGGCUACUUUGCAGACUCUGGCCAUGUCCUCCGUCAACGGUGAGCUGUUGCAGGUUACGCAGGACGGAUCCAUCAUUCCCUACACGCACAAAAACUACGUCCUGGUGGAGUCGUCGGGUUCGGGGGCGGAGCAAACGUUGCAGAUGGCAGAGAAAGCGUUGCACGAAGCCAAUCCUGACGGGACGGCGCCGUCUACCGCACUAGAUGCUCUGCUGUGCGCCGUGUCUGAGAUCGACCAGCAGGACGGCGCCACGCAGCAGGAUAUCAGAACCACCCAACAACAAGUACACGCCCAGGGGGAGGGGCAGGAGGCGGUCCAGGUUUACGGAGAGGUCGUACGGGUGUUGGGCCACGCCCCUGACGAAGUCCUACAGUUCGCGGCCAGCCAGCUGAUGAUGAGAGAAGGGUUAACACAAGUGAUCGUGAACGACGAAGGAACGCAUUACAUUGUGACCGAGGUGGCUGAAGGGGAUGUGUACGCGCAGAGCGAAGGGGUGGUGUCUGGACAGGAAGUAGGGCUUGUGGAUGAUUCAGGAAACCAGUCCGGUGAGGCUCAGGUCACAUAUGAUCCAGUCAGCCUUAAACAAGAUGCUCAGGAAUAAUUUAGGCAGGACUGAAGAGUUUAGCCCCACCCCUUUUUUUACACACACCUUGUGGCUCCACCCACGUAUUAUCACCUAACCUGAAGUACAACCUGCAGUUGUGUGAUGUCAAGGAUUAUUUUUAUUAUUAUUUAAUUUUGAGGCAUCAUUAUAUGUAAAAAAAAUAAAUACUUCUUCUGUAUUGAAUUUAAAAUUGUUGACUGUUUGACCAAUGUAGUUAAACACAGAAAUUAAAAACCGGCAAUGAAUCUUAUGUUACAGAUUUGCACCAUUGGAUAGGAUGGGGAUAUGUGGAUAGCUCCAGAGAGCCAAUGGGAUGGGGUCAAAUCCAGAACUUAAGUUUCAAGGGGUUGUAAGAAACUAGAUAGCUUGGGGCCAAUCAAUAGAGCUGUAGGCAUUUUAACUGAUUGAGGCUGAGGGUGGAUCCAGAGAGCUGCAAAACCAGGCCAGAUCUAAAGCUCAAAGCACAGUAGGAGCGGCCAUGCGAAUCCCUUGUUUGAUUCAAGGGGGUGAAGCCGGAUGCCAAAGCAACCAGGAGGCAGGGCAUUCAGUGUAUAUUGAGCGUUGGGAGAAGUUUGCUCUGAUUAAAACAGUUCAAAUCGGGACACAACACACAGCUCACGCAUACACACACACACAUCGUUUUGAAACAAACGGAUUUUCCUGCUAUUUUUUGUAGAUUUUGCUUGAUAGUGGGUGGAUGAAAGAAUGGACAAAAAUUUCAAUAAACGUAUAAAUGAGUAAA